UCUACUGACGUGUGUUUGACAAGGGAUCGUCGAAGAAGCGAUAAAUUUGCGGCAGUAUUUAUUUAACUAAACGCAGUUGAAAAAGCAUUUGAGUAGGGAUUUUUUGGAUAGUAAAAGAUAUAAGUAAGAGGAACUGUUCACUACAAUACCAAAAAAGUUUCUAGAAAAGUGCAAGUCGAACUUUUGAAUCUGUGACGCACUCCCUACACAAUAUAAUACAGUGCAUCCAGCAGCGCUUAUUGGAGGCCAGCACAAGAAACUGCUAGUAGCAGAACGUUUAGAAAGUGGCAGAUUACACGUAGCACCUUUUCAUCUUAUUUGUAGUUCAAGUAAAGUUAAGUAAAACGGCUUGGAAACACGUGUCUGGUGCACCUUCAUCAUGGUUGUGCCGCUGAAUGAUAUGCUGCCUUUUGCCAGCGCAGAACGAAAGCUGGCAGCGUGCGUACUGUUGUUGUUGCUAGAACUAUUUCUAGAAGGUGCCGAAGCGGUGCCCAAUCAGGCUGACAUUGAAAACCAUCUGGAGCUGGGCAAAGAAUUUCUAGCGCGGGGACAGCUCUCAGAUGCGCUCACGCAUUACCAUGCAGCUGUUGAGGGUGAUCCCAACAACUAUUUGACACUUUUCAAGCGGGGCACGGUCUACUUAGCACUGGGCAAAGCGCGUUUCGCAAUAACAGAUUUCACUCGUGUUUUGGAACUGAACUAG